GUCUUGAGAUCACCAAGCUCUGCCACAUGCUCAUGCUCAUGUCAAUGUCUCACGCACCAGAGCCACGCAAAAACCAAGACGAUUGGUCAUAAAAGCACAUACCCAAAGCCACACCCACACGCCGACACACAGAGAGCCAACAGUGACCGUCAAUAAAUAACACCAACACAACAAACACUGCCUCAUGCACAUGUAGUGUACCUACUAUAGUACUGAGUGCACAGGCGUCAAUAACAGAACGCUACGACUCUCUAUCGAGCAAAGUCGUCAAUAACAGUUACCCGGCUGGGACAGUAGAUCACAUACUCCACACCAUGCCUUGAAGUGAUGAUGACCGAAUCGUACCCCUGUGCCUUGAGCUUGUCACCGGUCAGGCAAGGGUCGCGCUGAGUGAGCUCUUUGACGCGUCCCAGGUCGAGACGCAGCUUCAGGAUCCAGCCCCGGUUGCCAGAAUUCGCCUUCCAAUCCGUGACAUUGAUUUCAUUGCAGGCAUAGAAGCCAUCCCCCGCAUAGUUGCCAGAUCGGCUGCGCGUGAUGUCGACGCCGUUCCUCUUAAUGGACUCUGCUGCUGCUCUGCUUGUUUGGUGGAAUGCGAUGAUGCCACCAUCCCCACCACUGUCGGGGCCGCUGGAGGAGCGCUCGUGCUGCUGACGGUCUUCUUUGCAGCCUCUGAUUUGCGGCCUCCAAGCUUGUCUGACUUUUGAAAAGCAGCGGGCUGCAAAGCCAAUCCACCUUAUCGCGCCGCAUUGCUGCUGUGCAUGAGUGCACCGAUGCUGCUCUUCCUUGUCCUUCAAGACAUUGGCGAAAGCCUCGUUGACAGGGUGCUCCAUGAACUUAACCAAAGACUUCUUCCUGUGGGCUGGAGUCAAGAACCACCGCGGAAGGCCAUCGAGAACCUUCAUGACGAAGACGCGAAGCUUGCAGUUCCCCGGUUGUUCAGGGUUGAGGGGCUCUUCAUCUCCCCAGAGAAGCCUCAAUGACUCGAGCACAUCGGUGCGUAUCUGAAUGAGCGAAGAUAAGCAACGGGCAAUGGGCAACAUGCAGGCGUGUCAUGAAGGUGGUGCCACUUUCUCUCCUCCUCGCUUCUUCUCACUUGCGAAUCACGAGUGCUCGUUAGCACAUAGCUUCGAAUCCGACAUUCGAGGCCUUCGAACAAUUGCACCGAUGCGAGGCCGCUGCAAGCUUCGCCAAUGCGAGCGCGAAAUCGAGGAGACCCCAGCAGCGCGCAAAUCCGCCGAAUUACUAAGUUGGUCCGCCCGCAUUUCAGCGCAGCACACACCUGUGACGCAAUCCGACCACCCUGUGAGGUGAUAGAUUGGGCAACCUGUCUGCCGUGCUCGUUGUGAUUUUCCCUCACCGCGAAGGCGGGGCCGAUGAUGAGGGCUAGCAGAGAAGAUACACUGCCGUCCGGCAGGAGAGCGUCAUCAUGCAGGAGGAACGACGCCACUUCCGGCAGAAGAAGUAUGUCCAAGACCGUGUCAAGCUCAUCAAAAGCCGCACACACUGCGGAAUCUGCACCACACCCACACCAGGACACACAGGGAAACAGGAUCUCGUCUGUGAGCGCUGUUUGUCCCGGGCACACUGCACCUUGGUCAGCGGAAGAGGGCAGUGUGCUGAGCCUUUCCCGCAAGGCAUCACCGAGAGCUAUGCGCGGUUGGCGGCUGUAGGUGCUGGAAGAUCUGGCGUGGCUGACGAAACGUCUUACGACAGCACUCAGGUGGUCACUAGGGCACGAUGGGACAUCUUUAACGAGAUCCAUCCGGGAAGGGAUUCAAGAGAAGAUAGCACACAAGCGGGGGGCGAAAGAAACGCGCAAAGCAACGACAGGGACGACAGGAAGGAGUGAGGCGAGA